AUGUCUCAUCAUGAUUCCAGCUGCCCCUCAUGCGGCAAAAUCUUCAAAGACCACACUUCCGUUGCUUGUCAUAUGAGCCAGCCUCGGUCUGGAUGCAACAUGUUGUUAGAGGAUAUGAUCAACUCCAUUUUGCCUGGUGAAGAUCAUAACAUGGACUCUGCGGAUGAUGAGGACUUUGUUGGACUUCCUCGUGAUGUUUCUCACGACCCGGGACUUGGAGGCGAGGAAGAUUUUUAUUAUUUUGGUGGAGGAGGAGAGGACAUCCCUGAUGGAAAUAAAGUGCACACCGGUGAAGUAAUCGACUACUUUCCAGAGCCUCCUCUGGCCUAUGAGGAUGGCUACACAUUUCUGGGGCUGUUUGAUGCAGAUGAAAACAGCGUAUAUCAGAAAACGAACCUCUAUUAUCCAUUUAGCAGUCGACGAGAUUGGCAACUUGCAGCAUGGCUCUUACAUUCGGGCCUAAGCAUGGGGAAGAUCGACUCUUUUCUAUCACUCGAAAUGAUCAAGGAUUUACCCUUGUCAUUCCGCUCCGCCAGAGAACUACGCGGUCGAGCUGAGAUGCUGCCCAGCGUCAUUCAUACAUCGCAUCCUACAAAGUCGCCAGUAAUUCUGUACUGGCGUGACCCUAUUGAAUGUAUCACCAGCAUCUUUAAUCACCCACUAUUUCACCAUCAUAUGGAUCUCACGCCUCGCAAGAUUUACUCUACUGCAGAGAGACUAUGCCGUGUAUACACCGGAUGGAUGUCAGGAAACGAUGCAUGGGAUAUGCAGUCGACGAUACCCAAGGGUGCAACCCUCCUCGGCACCAUUCUCUCCUCUGACAAGACGAACAUCACUGCAUUAACGGGGGAUCACAUAGCUCAUCUGCUCCGAAUUAGCCUCUCCAACAUCCAUAUGAACGUAUGCUCAAAAUCGUCAACCAACUCUUUCAUUCUCGCUGCCCUGUUACCAGUCCCCAAGUUCAUUCACAAGAAAAAGCGAAUGAAGGGCGUAUUGGAGGAUUGCCUUAUACAUCAAUGCCUCAAUAUCGCAUAUUUCCAUGAGGCACGGAAAUUCCGACUAAAUGGCAUUGACAAACUGUUCUGGUGGGACUAUGCACUAGCAGACCCCUCCCAGUUUCUUACACCGGAAUCACUCCAUCAUCUUCAUAAAGAAUUCUUUGACCAUGACGCCCAAUGGCUCAUUUGCGCUGUUGGAGAUUCUGAAAUAGAUUUCCAAUUCUCAGUGUUACAGCCCAUCACCGGUUAUCAACACUUUUACGGUGGCAUCUCCAAACUAAAACAAGUCACUGGUCGCUGUGAACGAGAAAUUCAACAUUAUAUCAUUGCUAUCAGUGUGGAUGCAGCACCUCCUUGUGUCAUUGCUGCUGUACGUGCACUCAUGCAGUUCUGGUAUCUCAUACAGUCGCCACGUAUUGAUGAGGAAGAUCUUGGGCACAUCUCAGGUGCUCUAACUGAGUUCCACACGAACAAGGAUGCAAUCCUUGCUGCUGUGGCUCGUCGGGGGAAGGGCAAUAGACACAUCGACAACUUUGAUAUCCCCAAGCUGGAGCUAAUGCAGAGUAUCAUUCCCAGCAUUUGCAACUCUGGCAUCAUAAGACAGUGGUCUGCCGACAUCACUGAACACACUCACAUUAUGGAGAUCAAAGAUCCCGCCAGAUCAAGCAAUAACAAAAAUUAUGACACACAAAUUUGUCAACACCUCGACCGUGCUGAAAAAUGUCGUCGUUUUGAGCUCGCCACUAGCCUUCUGGAUCACGGACAGAGGGGUGAGGAAGAGGGAUUGGACUUGGAUGCUGAAGAUAGCGAUAUUGAAGCUGAUGUUGACACAGAAGAUGUUCCUAUCGACCCGACUCAACACCCACGCCAAACUACAAAUUAUUUUGUGAUUGCGAAGGCUCUUCAGCACCAAGAAGUGGGUUCUGUGCCUGUACCACCUCGCUCCUUUGUUGACAAACGCACUGCCUUUCAUCUUGGAUAUGACCCCUCCAUUCGGAGCAUCACCAUUGAUGAAGUCACGAUUAAAUUUGGCUUACCAGAUCUACAACCAGCCAUAGCUGAUUUCCUUCAACGUGAGGCGACUUAUGGACACCAGCAUGUUCAUUCAAUAAGCGGCCCUAGAAGGGCUGGAUCUAAUGCUGUCCUCCCAUUCGACAAAGAGAUGGACUUCCAUGACACUCACACAAUCAAACCAGCUCAGACACUAAAUUGUGUACCACCAAACAACCCAUGGAUUCUUGGCCGUUAUGAUACAGUCAUUGUUGAGACCAGUGCAGGCUACCCAUGGCCUAGUAGUCGUCUUUUGGGUCAUACAAUCACGCAGAUAAGACUCAUUAUGCGACCCAUUGGCAAGAGUGGUGUACAAUGGUCCUGGAAGGAUCGGUUCCUCAUGUAUGUCCAAUGUUUUGAUUUUUCAAAUGAUCGUGAUCCAACCACACGGCUUUAUGCCCUGAAGCGAGCGAAGCACUCGAAUGGAAACCGGAUGGGCGACAUUAUUCUGGUAUCUCAAUUGAGGGCUCCUGUUCAACUGGUCCCUCACUUUGGCGCUACUGCUGACAAGCAUCUCUCGGCCUAUAACAGUUGA